GUCGCGGAGGGAUACGGCCUUGCACUGAGACGCGUGUGUAUAAAGAUUCCCGUCUAUUAAAAGGAAGUCCCUUUUCAUUUCCCUGCGUCAGAGAGCAGAAGGGACUAGGACUUUGGUUGUAAUUUUUUCAAGAAAAAGUCAAGGAACCAAACAAGAUGCCUGAAGAAAUGCACCAAGAGGAGGAGGCUGAGACCUUUGCCUUCCAGGCAGAGAUUGCUCAGUUGAUGUCCCUGAUCAUCAACACUUUCUAUUCCAACAAAGAGAUCUUCCUUAGGGAGUUGAUCUCCAAUGCCUCUGAUGCUUUGGACAAAAUCCGCUAUGAAAGUCUGACUGAUCCCACCAAGCUGGACAGUGGCAAGGAUUUGAAAAUUGACAUCAUCCCCAACAAGGCUGACAGGACCCUGACCAUCAUUGAUACUGGAAUUGGCAUGACCAAAGCAGACCUCAUUAACAACCUGGGUACCAUUGCCAAGUCUGGCACCAAGGCCUUCAUGGAGGCCCUGCAGGCUGGAGCUGACAUCUCUAUGAUUGGUCAAUUUGGUGUGGGUUUCUACUCUGCCUACCUUGUUGCUGAGAGGGUGGUGGUCAUCACAAAACACAAUGAUGACGAGCAGUACGCCUGGGAGUCCUCUGCUGGCGGUUCCUUCACUGUCAAGGUCGACAGUGGAGAGCCUCUUGGUCGUGGAACAAAGAUCAUUCUGCACCUGAAGGAGGACCAGACAGAGUACACUGAGGACAAGAGGGUUAAGGAGAUUGUCAAGAAGCACUCUCAGUUCAUUGGCUACCCCAUCACUCUGUUUGUGGAGAAAGAGCGUGAUAAGGAGAUCAGUGAUGAUGAGGCAGAGGAGGAGAAGGCUGAGAAGGAAGAAAAAGAGGAGGGAGAGGACAAGCCAAAGAUCGAAGAUGUCGGCUCAGAUGACGAGGAAGACUCCAAAGACAAAGACAAGAAGAAGAAAAAGAAGAUCAAGGAGAAGUACAUUGAUCAGGAGGAGCUGAACAAGACCAAGCCAAUCUGGACCAGAAACCCUGAUGACAUCACAAAUGAGGAGUAUGGGGAAUUCUACAAGAGUCUGACCAAUGACUGGGAAGAUCAUCUGGCUGUCAAGCACUUCUCUGUGGAGGGACAGCUGGAGUUCAGGGCCCUUCUCUUCAUUCCCCGUCGUGCUCCAUUUGACCUCUUUGAAAAUAAGAAGAAAAAGAAUAACAUCAAGCUGUACGUCAGGAGGGUCUUCAUCAUGGACAACUGUGAAGAACUUAUCCCCGAGUACCUGAACUUCAUCCGUGGGGUUGUGGAUUCGGAAGAUCUGCCUCUGAACAUCUCUAGAGAAAUGCUGCAGCAGAGCAAGAUCCUGAAAGUCAUUCGCAAAAACAUUGUCAAGAAGUGUCUGGAGCUCUUUGGUGAGCUGUGUGAGGACAAGGAGAACUACAAGAAGUUCUAUGAGGCUUUCUCUAAGAACAUCAAGCUGGGAAUCCAUGAAGACUCUCAGAAUCGUAAGAAGCUUUCUGAGCUGCUGCGUUACCACAGCUCCCAGUCUGGAGAUGAGACAACUUCUCUCAAUGAGUACAUUUCCCGCAUGAAGGACAACCAGAAGUCAAUUUACUACAUCACCGGUGAGAGCAAAGAUCAGGUCGCCAACUCUGCCUUCGUCGAGCGUGUCCGCAAACGUGGUUUCGAGGUCCUGUACAUGACGGAGCCCAUUGACGAGUACUGUGUCCAGCAGCUGAAGGAGUUUGACGGCAAGAGCCUUGUCUCGGUCACCAAGGAGGGGCUGGAGCUGCCUGAGGAUGAGGAGGAAAAGAAGAAGAUGGAAGAUGACAAGGCCAAGUUUGAGAAUCUGUGCAAACUCAUGAAGGAGAUCCUUGACAAGAAAGUGGAGAAGGUGACUGUGUCCAACAGACUGGUGUCUUCCCCCUGCUGCAUUGUGACCAGCACCUACGGCUGGACAGCCAACAUGGAGAGGAUCAUGAAGGCCCAGGCACUCAGGGACAACUCCACCAUGGGCUACAUGAUGGCCAAGAAGCACCUGGAGAUCAACCCUGACCACCCCAUCGUGGAAACCCUUAGACAGAAGGCAGAGGCAGACAAAAAUGAUAAGGCUGUGAAGGAUCUUGUCAUCCUCCUAUUCGAAACCGCCCUGUUGUCCUCAGGGUUCUCCCUGGACGAUCCACAGACCCACUCAAACCGCAUCUACAGAAUGAUCAAACUCGGACUGGGCAUUGACGAUGACGACGUCCCCACAGAGGAGACUACCUCCACAUCUGUCCCAGAUGAAAUUCCUCCCCUAGAAGGCGAAGGUGACGACGACGCUUCACGUAUGGAAGAGGUCGACUAAAUCAACCCGUUCCCCUCCCAGAUUUUUAACACUUUAGCCUCACUUAUCAAUUGUACAUCCAAAUAGUCAUUCAUUUUGUGUGGUGAACCAGAGUUGUCUCCAAUAUUUUGGAACAGCUUUCUGCAAAACACCCUUUUAAAGAUUAACUAGGCAGUUUUGAUUCUGUUGCUGUAUUCAGUCGGUUAAUGGUGACAGCACAUUUGUCUAAUGAGUACCCUGUUGCACUGAGUUUUAAAUGUUGGGGGUGUGUACACACGGGAAUGCUACAUUCCAUUAGGUCUGGAGGGUUUUUGAAGGUUCUCAUGUGCAACACUGAAUGCUGCAUGGAGAGAGGACUGUACGAUUCCUUUGCCUGAGUCCAGGCUUGUCUGUAUUCCAAGUCUUUGUUUUGCAAAAAAUUAAAAGCUGUUCUACCUUA